CCGGGUCUUGCCAUGCGGCCAGGGUUUAGCUGCCAUGUGAGUUCUCCCGCAGCCGCAGCAGCACCCUGAUGAUCAUGUCCACUGCCGUGGCAACUCGUAAGCGGGCAAAGCCGGCCCCCGGACCCGGGGCCGCUGCGGGGGCCGGCAAGCGGCGGCGAAAGGUCGACUCUGCUGGGGACAGAGGCAAAUCCAAGGGUGGCGGCAAGAUGAAUGAAGAAAUUUCCAGUGAUUCUGAGACUGAGAGUUUGGCUCCAAGGAAAACAGAGGAAGAGGAGGAGGAGGAGCUAGAGGAGACUGCGCAGGAGAAGAAGCUACGUUUGGCCAAACUCUACCUUGAGCAGCUUAGGCAGCAAGAGGAGGAGAAGGCUGAAGCUCGUGAAUUUGAGGAGGAUCAGGUGGCAGGACGCUUAAAAGAAGACGUGCUCGAGCAGAGAGGCAGGUUACAGAAGUCGGUGGCAAAGGAGAUCCAGGCCCCGGCUCCCACCGACAUUCGAGUUUUACGGGGCCACCAGCUCUCCAUCACGUGCUUGGUUAUCACUCCUGAUGACCUGGCCAUCUUCUCCGCCGCCAAAGACUGCACCAUCAUUAAGUGGAGUGUAGAGACUGGGCGGAAACUGCAUGUAAUUCCUCGAGCCAAGAAGGGUACCCAGGGGCAGCCUUCAGGCCACAGCAGCCACAUCCUCUGCAUGGCCAUCUCCUCUGAUGGCAAGUACCUUGCCUCUGGUGACCGAAGCAAACUCAUUCUAAUUUGGGAGGCCCAGAGCUGCCAGCACCUGUACACCUUCACGGGACACCGGGAUGCUGUGUCGGGACUGGCUUUCCGAAGAGGUACCCACCAGCUCUACAGCACUUCCCACGACCGCUCAGUGAAGGUGUGGAACGCAGCCGAGAACUCCUAUGUGGAGACCCUCUUUGGGCACCAGGAUGCUGUGGCCGCAUUGGAUGCCCUGAGCCGAGAGUGCUGUGUGACAGCCGGGGGCCGGGAUGGGACUGUGCGUGUGUGGAAGAUCCCAGAGGAAUCCCAGCUUGUCUUCUAUGGCCACCAGGGCUCCAUUGACUGUAUCCAUCUGAUCAAUGAGGAGCACAUGGUGUCCGGUGCAGAUGAUGGCUCCGUGGCCUUGUGGGGCCUCUCCAAGAAACGGCCACUUGCCCUCCAGCGGGAAGCUCAUGGACUGCAUGGGGAGCCAGGCCUGGAGCAGCCCUACUGGGUGUCAUCGGUGGCGGCCCUGCUUAAUACAGACCUUGUGGCCACAGGCUCCCACAAUGCCUGUGUGCGGCUUUGGCAGUGUGGAGAGGGCUUCCGACAGCUUGACCCUCUUUGUGACAUCCCCCUGGUUGGUUUUAUCAAUAGCCUCAAGUUCUCCAGUGCUGGGGACUUCUUGGUGGCUGGAGUGGGCCAGGAGCACAGGCUUGGCCGGUGGUGGAGGAUCAAAGAGGCUCGGAAUUCAGUCUGCAUCAUCCCUCUGCGCAGAGUCCCUGCGGCCCCUGUUGCUGGCUCCUGACACUCGUUCUUAUUUAAGUGCUUUCUAGACCCUGCCCCCCUUUUUGUAUUAAAAAGGUCCUAUUUUAGACCUUGUUCCUCUGGUUCCUGGGAGGGUAAGCAGCAGGGGUGUGUGUGUGACAGGGACCAGGAGCUGGCAGAGACCCGAGGAAGGGCAAGCUGUCAGCUGAAGGCCUUUGAUUGUUUUCAGAGGACUGUGGGUGGGAACCUCUGCUGGCUCUUGCAUGACCUCGUCAGCCAGCUGCUUUCAGAGUCUGCUCACCCAUCAGCCAAGAAGCUCUGGCUUUCAGUUCUGUACACAAACUCUAACUGGGGUCUGAGGAUUAAAUGGGAUAGCAGGGCCACACGUCAGGCUGACCCUACUUCCCUACCCUCAGGAAGCUGGAAGGGAUAGACGGCCCCCGAAGUGGGAGUCUGCCAUGCUUGGGGACAAGGUCAGCACUGGGGAAGAGAUCUUGGAUCUGAUAGCAAGAGCCAGGCAGGGACCCGCUGGAGAGGCAUUAGAGGAAUACUUGCUUCUGCAUGUUGGGUGGCUCACUCCUGUCGUAGGGGUGCAGCAGUAGAGGGGAGGAGAGACUGGGGAGAUAGAGGAGUAGGGCAGAUGGUAGGUCCCUCCAAGACUUUUUUGAGGAGUGACAUUGAGGUGUAAAAAGUGAUGGAGAGGACUCUGCUCCACCCCCACUCCAGGAUAGCUUGUGCAGGAGCGGAAUGCUGGCUCAGAGAGGGUUGAGAGCUAAGUGACCCAUUCUGGGUCCCAUUAAAAAGGUAACCAGGCUGAUGGACGGCUCAGUGGGUGGAGGCACUUGCUGCCAAGCCUGAUGACCUGAGCUCUGUCCUCAGAAGAACCCAGAUGGUGGGAGGAGAGAACUGAACCCCAAAAGUUGUCCUCCGACUUUCACACACACGGCACAGCACAUGCCAUCUCGAUAAA